CCAUCUACCGAGAGACGAGUUGGUACGCGAGAACUCGGCUGAGAGCUCAUCGUCGUUAUUUAAACACCGUGCUCGCAGUUUACUCGUCCCUGAAUCACCAACAUCCGAAGCUGCAACGCUUCGAGCUGACUGGCCUCAUCUAUCAGUUUCUUACCUUCGCCUGCUAUCACGGAAACCAGGUCCUCCAUCCGCACCCAUCGUUUGGUCGAUCAAGUCUCCGGCCAGAAGGCUCGGGUUUUCGCCUGGCGCUCAUGCGGCCACAGUAAGGGCUAAAUAUAGGGCGGCAACAAAUGACUCGGCUCAUGCGCUUCGUCCCUCUACGCGCCGUCACAUUGCCGACAGACCGGGGGGACAUCUUCCAAUACGACGCUGGCACCCAACGAGCAAGUUGUGGGGAGAAAAUCUGGGGGAUGAAUUCAUCCGCAUGCUGGAUAACCGGCGGGCCAAUGAGACGUGUCGGGUGUAUUAGGUUGCCUCUAUGCAUAUUAAAAAAGCUGGACUGAUUCUACCUCGCGGAAUGUGUCGAUCCUUAGUUCUUACGAGCACGAUGUGCUCUCGGCCUCUCGACGAGGGCGUGGUCCUGGGAACAUAAAAAACCAGGUCGUCCGCGGCCUGGAUCGUCGGCCAGCUUGGCUCUAUCCCCGACCCAGAACCACCACCAGACGUCACCACUGCUGCUGGUAGCACUCGAAUCUCCCGACAGCUUAGCACAAUGAGGUACUCGCUCUGCGCCGUGCUUGCCGGCAUGGCUGCCACCAAGGCGGCCGGCCACGCUCUCUUCCAGGCCCUCUGGGUCGACGGCCACGGCCGCCAAUGCGUUCGGAUGCCUGCGUCCAACAGCCCCGUUACCAAUGUCAACAGCGCCGACAUACGCUGCAACGCGGGCGGCACUAGGGGCGUCUCGGGCAAGUGCGCCGUCCAGGCCGGCUCCACGGUGACCAUCGAGAUGCACCAGCAACCGGGCGACCGCUCGUGCGGCUCGGAGGCGAUCGGCGGCGCGCACUACGGGCCGGUCAACGUGUACCUGAGCCAGGUGGCGGACGCGACGACGGCGGACGGGUCCGGGUCGUGGUACAAGAUCUUCGCGGACUCGUGGUCGGCCAAGGGGUCGGUCGGCGACGCUGACAACUGGGGCACCAACGACCUCAACGCGUGCUGCGGCAAGAUGGACGUGCCGCUGCCCGCCGACACGCCCGACGGCGACUACCUGCUGCGCGCCGAGGUCAUCGCCCUGCACACGGCCGGGUCCGCCGGCGGCGCCCAGUUCUACAUCUCGUGCUACCAGCUCAGCGUGCGCGGGGGGCAGACGCGGCCCGCAUCCCUGCCCGCCGGCGUCAAGCUGCCCGGCGCGCUCAAGGCCAGCGACCCCGGCAUCCAGAUCAACAUCCACGCCCGCGUGGCCAACUACGUCAACCCGGGCCCGGCCGUCGUGGCCGGCGGCACCACCAAGACGGCCGGGUCGGCGUGCGCUGCCGGCUGCGCGAAGACGUGCGCGGUCGGGUCCGGUCCCGUCGGCACCGCCAUCGGCGGCGCCCUGCCCCAGCCCACCGGCGGCGGCCAGGCCGGCUGCGCUCAGGCCCGGUACCAGCAGUGCGGCGGCCAGGGGUACACGGGCUGCACCGCGUGCGCCGACGGCCUGACGUGCCAGGACGUGUCGGCGCCGUACUACUCGCAGUGCAACUAG